AUGGAGUACGAAGUCAUGUGGGGCGAUGGGCCGCUAGGCCUAACCCUUCGUCCGGACCUGGGAGAGGACAUGCCGCCCGUCGUGGGUCGGAUCACGCGUCAGGACUCGGCUGCUGCCAUGGCCAAAGUCGCAGUGGGCCACAUGCUCGUGAGCAUCAACGGCAUGGACACGGCUCGUCAGGGCUAUGAUUUCGUGGUCAAGACGCUGCAGAAGAUCCCACGACCGGCUACGCUGCGGUUCCGCGUGCCACGAGCUAUUACCAGCAGCACAGGCGUCUACCGUGACUCGUCCCGGAGCUCUUCGCGUCAAAGUCGCGGGUCCACGAGUACGUCGUGGUCGGAUUCUGGUAAAUCUCCGUCCCGAGCGAGCUCGUCGUCGUCGUCGUCAUCUCGCCGACGGGAGCAGUAUACAGUCGUGUGGACGGAAGGUCCAUUGGGAAUGAUUCUCCGUCCAGAUGACGAUGAUUGUCACGUGCCUUGUAUCCGUAAAAUAACCGGCAAAGGAGCUGGCACAGGCAUGGAACGAGCAACGGUGGGCGAUGUUUUAGUUGCUGUGAACGGUCAAGAGACAAAAUCGCUGGGAUUUCGGAGCACGAUUUCGCUGCUCAAGACGAUUCGCAAACCCGCAGUGCUCAAGUUUAAACGCAUGGGACGACGCAUCUCACGCAAGAAGUCGGUGCUCGAGUCGUCCGGAGGGAGUCGAAGCGUGAGUGGUGGCAUUCCUAGCGAGAUUGGCUCGUAUGAUAUUGUGUGGCGGGAAGGCGAUUUAGGUCUGAAGCUUAAACCUGGACACCGGGACAUUCCAGUUCUUAGUAAGCUGACGGGAAAAGGGCACGCGAGUGGUCUCCAGAAUGCUCAAGUAGGGGAUGAACUUGUAUCGGUCAAUGGAACGCACGUAGAAGGAGAGACUUAUCAGGAUACGCUGCGGAUGCUAAAACACUCGCCGAAGCCUGCUGUGCUUCGUUUUCGCCCUGGAAAGACCCGUCGCGAGUCAAUGAUGUCUGUAGCAUCGGUGUGUUCGGUUCGAUCGAACCCGAGUACUGAGCGAGAAGUAACAAGCGUUGCGAGUCGCCAUCAUGUGCCGUUAUACGAGGACGUGAUUGGGGUUCCUGCAAAACCGACGCCAGCAGUCAGAUCCUUGCGCACUGAGCAUGAUCGCUCUCACCGUGAAAUUUCCAGCCGUGACCGCUCCAGCCGUGACCGUUCCAGCCGUGAACGCUCCGAUCGUGACCGUUCCGACCGUGAACGACAGAAACGAAAAAAGCGCAUUCCGUUGAAUGUGGCACGUGAGUUGGUGGCAGCGUCACAAGGGUCGGACUUGGACCAUGCCAUAUUUGCUGGCAUUCCUAUAACUGCCAUCGAAGAAGGCUCUAAAGAAGCACAUUUACUUCGCGUUCAGGCCAAGCUUUGUAUUUCGAACCAAGCGAAGGUUGAGCGCGUCACACCUGCCAAGGAGGCGCUAUCGCGUGCAGAGCAGGAGGCUAGGGUCCUCCAGGAGGCUCUCGAAAAGGUAAAGAGUCAGGCAAAGAAGUACGAAGAGAUUUUGGAGGCGCAGUCGCGCGAGCGUGUCCUUGCGUUGGCAGUGCGGCACAAGCCAGAAGAAGUGGUGAAGCGCCAGAACAAUGUGAUUAGCGAGUUGGCAGGUGUAAUUUCGGGUUUCAAGCGUGACUCGUACGGUGAUGUGGAUAUCGUUCCCCCCGUGAUUGAAGAAGAUAAAGAUGUGCAGAAGAUUAUGGACGACUUGCACAAUGUCAUGAGCAUUCCAGUGGUCGUACCAACGGUAAAGUUCUGUGCCGAGUGCGGUACUACGGAGAAUGAGUCCAAGCUAGAUCUGGAUGACGAUGGCGAGUAUUACUGUAAAGACUGUUGGGACAAAUUCUUGAAUGUGCCUGGAUCUUCUCGGGGUGGGACGGUUGUAGGGGCUGAACCGGGUGAGCAAUCUGUUGAUGCUAGUCAAAUUUUAACAUCUGUACUAGCAGAUGCUGAGGAAGUACCGCCUGCGUCGGUACAUGAUGCGCUUACGCGGUCUCUUAGUCGCGUGGCUGUCGAGGACCGUGAAGCUGAGGAGCUAAAGGCACGCAUUGAAGCAGAGCGCAAGCUUAUGGAAAUAAAGGAACUCCGUCGGUCAGGAUCGAUUGUGCCCGAGCGACAGUUGCACAAGAAUAAUGCGGACCGUUCGUGGCGAGAGCGUCGCGGUCUAGAAGAGCUUGCUCAGGCCCUCCUUGAAGAAGAAGAACGCGCUCGUGCGGAGGGCAACAUCGGGUUAGCGAAGAAGCUGAGUGCUCAACGUGCACGCACAAUGGCCGAAACGUCCGGCGAGGGUCCGCAUCCGGGUAUCAAGCCGUUUUCGUCGAUGAGUGACUUGCUUGUCGAUUCGGAUGCUGAGUUCGGGAAUGGCGAGGACAUUUCGUCAAAAUCAAAGACGUCAUCGCCCGUGCAAGCCUGUUCACCGCUGGCGUUGAGUCGCUCCGUCAGCGCAACCUCGAGCGUGUCUUCUCCCGUGCCAGUCUCCGUUUUGCCACCCCUUUCACCCGAGCCGACGCUGUCUCCUGUUGCUGCAGAUGAAGAUGAGGCCGAAGUGGCAGCUGCAGUGACAGAAGAAGAAAGUGUAGCUGCAGCUGCUAUUGAGAUGGAUGCCUCAAGUUCACCACGUGGGACUGCAGAUGUUGCAGCAUCUUUGUCUGGUGGCAAUGACUAUGGUGACGUGAAUACGGAUGAAGAGGCCGAGGACCAAAUGCACAUGGACGAUGAAGAAGACGUGCUUCGGGAGGUGGAGGAGAAGAACUUUGCACUCGCGCGGCAGCUGGACGAGGCUCAUAGUGUCAUUGAGCGUGCGCGUAUGUCAAUUAGCAUGUCUGGCGACGACGACGACGAGGAGACGACUGACGGCUUGAGCGACGAGCAGAUUAGUUUAUUUAAGAAACUAACGAGUCAGGCGGACGAACGCAUGUCGAUGGUGGAUCGUCUGCACCCGCAGGACGACUCGGACUCGGAUUCCGACUCGAACUCGGAGGAAGAAGAGGAGGGCGAGGAAGAAGAAGAAGAAGACGAAGGCGUGUGGAUUUGA